AUGCCAGUCAACGAGGUCCUCGCCACCGAGUUCAUCAAAUUGGUGACGAUCUCCAGUCGUUCAAGCUCAGUCGGAUAUGCAACCAGGACUACUGGUUGGGAGCGAAGAAUGCUGUCAGAGCGUGUCAAAGACGGAUUCGUUAAAGCCGUGGAGAAGGCCGAUGUGCCCGAUGGCGCAACGACUGCAAUAUUGGUCGAGGCCGAACACUCCAGCCAGAACGAUUCUAGAAGACAUUUUACUGCUCACUGGCGUGAUGCAAAUAAGCAACACAUCACAACCAAGCAUAUCGCCCCUCCAGAACAGGAAGGUAUAUGCCUGUGGAUGUUAUACUGCCGGGUAGAAAGGUGA